AUGAGCAGAAAUCAAAAACGUUUCACUACCAAAUACGGAACAAUGUCUCAUACCAAAAAGUUUGAUUCAUUUUCUGAGAAAGAAGACUCAGUACCAAUUGGAUCAUUAAAUAUUUUAUCAGCAAAGUAUGAGAGUUUAGAUUAUGAAGUUGUUGAAAACUAUGUUUAUCGUGAUGAAGAGCGAAAAAAAGGUUACCCUUUUGUAGUCAAGAAAAACGUUGUUAGAUGGAUUAUUUUCUUUUGGAUUGGUGUAAUCACUGCCGCCGUUGGUAUUAUUAUUGAUUUAUCAAUAGAGACUAUUGCAGAUUUGAAAUUCAAUCAUGUUAAAAAAUAUAUUGAUAAAUGUAAUCAAUCAGAUUGUUUAUGGAAACCAUAUUUAUUAUUGUUGGCUUACAAUAUUGUGCCAGUCUUAAUUGGAUCUACAUUAGUUGCGUAUGUUGAACCAGUUGCAUUGGGAUCUGGAAUUCCUCAAGUGAAAUGUUACCUCAAUGGAAUUAAAAUACCAAGAUUAGUUAGAAUAAAAACUUUAUUUAUAAAGGUUAUUGGUGUAAUUACCACUGUUGUAGGUGGCAUGUGUGGAGGAAAGGAAGGACCGAUGAUUCAUGCUGGUGCAGUUGUAGCUGCUGGAAUUUCUCAAGGGAAAAGUACCACAUUUAAUAAGGAUUUUGGAGUUUUAAAUUAUUUCAGGGAGGACCAUGAGAAAAGAGAUUUUGUAUCUGGAGGAGCUGCUGCCGGAGUCGCUGCUGCUUUUGGUUCACCAGUUGGUGGCGUAUUAUUCAGUUUAGAAGAAGGAGCUAGUUUUUGGAAUCAAGGACUUACAUGGAGAAUAUUUUUUGCAUCUAUGAUUUCAACAUUUACACUAAAUUUAGUUUUGAGUGCAUAUCAUGGCCAUCCUGGUGAAUUAACGUAUUGGGGCUUAUUGAAUUUUGGCAAGUUCAGCAAUUUUGCGUUAUCUUAUGAAAUGUUUGAAUUACCAAUAUUUGUUUUUAUGGGAAUUAUUGGUGGACUAACUGGAGCAUUAUUUUGCCAUCUUAAUUAUAAACUCACCGUAUUCAGAAUGAGACAUUUGGUGAAUCGCUGGAAGAAAGUUUUAGAAGCAGUUCUGGUUUGUUGCUGUACAGCAACUGUGGGAGUCUUGUUAAUGUUGUGGCAAAAUGAUUGCAAACCAUUGGGCCUUGAUCCAACAAAAAAUCCUGUUCAGUUAAAUUGUAAUGAUGGCGAGUAUAACUCUAUGGCAUCAUUAUGGCUUCAAGUUCCUGAAGCAUCAGUUAGAUCUUUUUUCCAUGAUCCAACAGAAUCACUCGAUGCAACUACAUUAGUGUAUUUUGCCAUUUCUUUUUAUCUACUUACCAUUUGGACAUACGGUUUAAGUGUUAGUGCUGGCCUUUUUAUUCCAUGUUUAGCUACAGGUGCAGCUUGGGGACGACUUAUCGGACUUGGGGUUCAGUGUGUAUUUCCAAAUGUAGACGUUGGAAAAUAUGCAUUGGUUGGUGCUGCAUCACAACUCGGUGGUGCUGUUCGCAUGACCAUUAGUCUUACUGUUAUAUUAAUUGAAGCAACUGGUGAUAUAACAUUUGGUUUACCACUUAUGAUUUGUCUUCUAACAGCAAAAUGGAUUGGUGACUAUUUUACAGAGAGUAUUUAUGACGUUCACAUACAAUUGAGUGGAAUACCAUUGAUGGCUUGGGAUCCUCCACCACUAUCAUCAAAUAUUUAUGCUAGCGAAGUUAUGUCUUAUCCCGUCACUGUGUUUAAAUCAAAAGAAGCAGUUGGAAAAAUUGUGGACACUUUAAAAAAGUAUACAUAUAAUGGAUUUCCAGUAGUUGACGACGUUUUUAGCACUGAAACGGAAGGAGGUAACAAUAAAUCUAAUGGUCGUUUACGUGGAAUGAUACUUCGAUCUCAACUUAUUGUACUGUUACAAAACAAAGUAUUUAACGAGAUUCCUUCUGCUUGGGAUAACGUUUCUUUGACUACUUUCCGAAAAGAUUAUCCGAGAUAUUCAAAUAUAGAUGAUAUCGAAGUCUUGGAUAAUGAACGGCAAUAUACAGUUGAUCUACUACGAUUUAUGAACCCAUCUCCAUAUGUUGUACAACAUAUGGCAUCAUUGCCAAGGAUUUUUCGACUUUUCAGAGCAAUGGGCCUUAGACAUAUUGUUGUCGUUAAUGAUUCAAAUGAGGUGACUGGCAUUGUGACUCGUAAAGAUCUUACCCGUUAUAGAGUAUGGCGACAUAGAGGUGCUAUUGGUGUUGAAGAACUUAAAGUAUCUGCUAAAUUGUGA